UAUACAACGUAACUGGGUUAUAUACAUCAAAUUAAUUGCCUACAUCUUUGUCAAGAAAACGACACCGCCUACAACCAUGUUGUUCCACGUGGUACCCGAAGAUAUUUUCAGAGAGCGUGCCGCAUAUUCAAGACCCUGCCAUUACCAGAGAAACCCGUGUUGUCAACAGCAGCAGUUGGGUAAAAUAGGCUUUCUAAACGACAUUCUCCGUCCUCUCAUGGUGAUGUCGCACAACAACCCUCAGUCAGAAAGCUGUCACGGUAGACGCCAAUGUGACACAGAAAAAUGUCAGCGUGUCACACGUCGAGGGACACAGAAGGGGGAGUGUCCUACCCAGAAACGGCAGUCGCAAUUCAUGACUGCAAGCCUCGAUUUCCGCGGUUUUUCUGCAGAUGAAAUAAAAGUGAAAGUCACAGAUAACUCCAUAGUUGUGUGUGGCCGACAUGAUGACCCCAGCAACUCCUUCCGGGUCACAAGAAGACUUCCACUACCACCUGGUGUUGACAAAACGGGAGUUAUCUGCCGAUAUGUUGAAGGCAAGGUUAUCCUCGAGAUCCCCGCGUCUGCAAAACACAGUGUGGAGGACAAACAGGAGAGGCAAGAGGGCGAGAAGAAAGCUGAACACAAAGAGAAGAAAACCAGAUCUAAUCCAGCCAGGACAAGUGACACAGAUGAUGAGGAGUACGACGGUGGAAUGGAAGGAGAAAAGGAAGUUCAAGCAGCUUUUCAAGAAGGCAUGAAACACCUGUUUUCCACUAUGUUUGGCCUUCCUGUUGUUGAGAGGAAGGAGAAGAAGGAUUUGUCCAAUGACAAGGAGGAAGAAACUACUAAACAGACGACCACAGAUCCAGACAGAGAAGAACCUCGCCGGGUAGAUGACAACAAAACGACAGCCGGGUCCUUUGACAAGCAAAUGGAUGUCGAGGAAGAGAAAGGACAGGAGGAAAAUACCUGCCUAAUGUUGAAGUAUGACGAGAAGCCGUCUCUCAGACAUGACCCCAGUGACAUCGCUCGCCUGGAGGAGCAGACGGCAGGUGAAAGUGCUCCACGAGAGCCGACGACAGACCGAAAUACGGACGAGGACGAAGAAGUAGAACGACUGAUGUCAGAUGGAGAUGAAGAUGCCGAGAGUAUACUGAUCAAAGCCGACGAGAAUCUUCCCGUCACCUCAUCAUCACAAGACUUUGAAAUUCGGUUCGAUCUGUCCAACUACAAACCAGAAGACAUCCGGGUAGUUGUACGUAAUGGUGACGUCACCGUGGAAGCCGAGCGUGAGAGCAAGUGUGACGGGUACAGCGAAACUGAGACACUGCGAAGGCGCAUUCGUCUCCCAGACAAAGUGGACCAGUCCAUGUUGACGAGUGUCCUGAAUGCAGAGGGCGAGAUGACCAUUCAGGCGCCAUUCCUGUCUCAGACGAUCAGUGGAAAGGAAGGGCAAACUGUUCCAGUUGUUUGGGAGUGAUUUAAGAUUUGUGAAGUUCGUGUCGGGUGCACAGGACUCAUGUGUUGAAGUGGUCUGACACAUUUUGACUGAUAUGCUAUUUUGUGAGAAUAUGCGUUUUGAUAUAUAUUUAAUGUCAAAAAGCUGAUGAUAGCUCCUUUGAAAAUGGUAUUAUAAAUUUGAUGGUUCCAUGAAAUAUUAUAUCUCUGUGAUAUCAAGAAUUGAUUACAUUAUCUUGGUUUAGUUAUAAUCGUAUAUUUGUAAAUGAAAGCUAUUGUCCUAUUAGUAUUUGGUUGCCUUGUGAACACUCAUGCAAUUACCUACCUGAAAAUUCGAGAUAUUUCAUUGAUUUCCAUUUUGUUGUUGAUCAUUGUUCACAAACAGUCCAAGGCCUUAUUUUGUCAUUUAUCAAUUUCAUGUAUUUCACCAUGCAUUUGUUCUUGUUCCACAAAGUAAUAAAAUGAAAUCAUGCAUCCAGA